UCAAAUCGUAAUUUAAAUGAUACUGAUUGUAAAUGCGUCACAGUGGCGUGAGUCAAUGCUGGAGGUCAUUUAUUGUGUUUACUUCAGAGAUUAAUGUACCAUAAAAUAGGUGGUAAAAAAUAUAAUAUAUUCAAAUAAUGAAGAACAAACUAUUUUAUAUAUUUUCAAUACUCGUAAUUGUGCACGUUAGUAAUAUCUCUGGCUACCAGUCUCCUGUUAUAUUUGUUCCUGGAGAUGGAGGCUCCCAAAUAGAUGCUAAACUCAACAAACAAAGCGCAGUUCAUGUGUUUUGCCAGAAAACUACAUCUGAUUUCUUCAAUAUUUGGCUAAAUCUUGAAUUACUCGUACCUCUUGUAAUCGAUUGCUGGAUUGAUAAUGUAAAAUUAUAUUAUAAUAACGAAACACGUAAAACCGAAAAUACUCCUGGUGUUGAAACAAGGAUUCCAGGAUGGGGAUCUCCAGAGCCUGUAGAAUGGUUAGAUCCGUCCAAAGCAUCAUCUGGUGCUUAUUUUAAGGAUAUUGGUAAUGCGUUAGUUGCAGACGGUUACCAGAGAAAUGUUAGUUUGAGAGGCGCACCUUAUGAUUUUAGAAAGGCUCCUAAUGAGAAUGAACAAUGGUUUGUGGAUUUUAAAGAACUCAUAGAAGAGACAUAUUCUAUGAACAAUGGCACUCCUGUUACAAUCGUGGCACACAGUAUGGGUGGUCCCAUGACCUUAGUAUUUUUGCAAAGACAGAUAUCAGAAUGGAAAAAUCAACAUAUAAAACGCUUUAUUACCUUAGCUGGGGCUUGGGCUGGAUCUGUAAAGGCUGUUAAAGUUUUUGCUAUGGGUGAUGAUCUAGGUUCUUACGUUUUGCGCAACAGUAUUUUACGUGAAGAACAAAUAUCUUGCCCAUCACUAUCUUGGCUUUUACCUUCACCGUUGUUCUGGAAACCGAAUGAAGUGAUGGCUACUACUAAAUCUCGCAACUAUACAUUGGCACAAUUAUCUGAAUUUUUCGAUGAUUUAGAAUAUCCACAAGGUUGGGAAAUGCGAAAAGAUAACAUCCAAUACUCCUUGAACUUCUCUCCUCCUGAUGUAGAGACUCACUGCAUUUAUGGCUCUGGAAUCCCUACAGUGGAAAGACUGAUGUACAAAAAAGAAAUACUUGAUGGACUUCCGACAUUGAUAAACGGUGAUGGUGACGGUACUGUUAAUAUAAGAUCUCUAUCUGCUUGUUCUGUUUGGAAAACUAUGCAAGACAAACCUGUUGUCCCAAUCGAAAUAGCGGGCGUUGAUCAUAUGACUGUUCUUAAGCAUCCUGAUAUUUUAAACUAUAUUCACAAAAUACUAAAAGCUGAUGAAAAUGAAAUUCUUUAAUUUAGAUAUAUAAUAGAUAAUUGAUAUGUUUUAGUUUUAACUUAAUUAAAUGCGAGAACUUUGCAUGACUGAACAAAGCCAUAAAUAUAUGUAUUGAACAAAAUCUGUAAGUCAGAUGAAUACAAAAUACUCUUAGAGGAAAUUAUAGAUUUAAUAGGUUUUAGUUAAGAACAGUUAAGAU